AUUACCCCUCCCUCAUCCGUUCUCGUCAUUCUCGGCCUGCCAUCCCACACAGCACCACACAGAUCUAAAAAUUUAGAGAUCCAUUUGUGCGGGGUUGCCGGCGAUGGUAUCGGCGGUGGCGAUGGUGGCGAGUGGAGCUGACGGCGGUGGCGAUUUGCACCUCCAGAUCUGUUUCCUCGGAAAGCUCCGGCGGCAGUUNUGGGCAACGGUUGGGACGGUGGUGGGGGUUAGGCGACGGUUGGGCAGUGGUGGGGGUUGGGCGACGGUUGGGGCGGUGGGGAUAGGGAUUGGGGUGGUUGUGGUGUUGAGGGUUGCAGAGAUAUUUUGGUGUGGGGGCAGGGGUAUUUUGGACAAUGUAACCCAUUAGUCAACUUCCACUAAAAAUGAGCAAAAGUCAAACCGGGAACUUAAAAUCCGGACGGAGGGAGUAUUUCUUUAGAGUUUUUUUGUGUGUCCAUUUGACUCCCAACUCUUCAACAACUAUGCGGAUUCCCUCGAAACUUUAAAAUUUACACCAAUAACACCUGAACUAUUACAUAUGUGUUUCGUCAAAAGUUUUUUUAUGUCAGAUUUGGAUGUAAGUUAAUUACCCGCUUGUCCAAUACAAAUAUGAAUUCAUC